GUAAUCCCAAACUACAGGGCGAAGCUCGCUUGUUCUCUGAGCUACAUACCCAUCAAUGCUAUCUCUUGUGAGUGGUCUUUCCUUAAUUGAUCGAAUGAGGCGCAUAAACUCUCGCGGCACACGGUUUGUAAUCCUCAUUACAUCCUGGACAAUAUCGGGUUGGUUCAGGUGGACCUCCAACCAUUUUGAAAACACUGUCUCGGAUAGUGGGCCAACAAAGUACAAUAAGAUAGCUCGAGCACUGUCUUCCAUAAUCUGCAAUUCAUAUUUGGCAUGGGCUGUUCCUGUAAAUAUCACUCUAGAUCCUUUGUAAUGAGACUGCCAUAGAUUAAGGUUCAUUAGAUGCUUCAGGAACGGGUAUUUAUCCGGCACAUACGGCUCUUUUCGGAAUAACUCUCCAUGUUCGUCGAUAAUGAACAGUGUUUUGCGCUCCUUCUGUUUGAAUAGGUCGAAUACUGCGCGAGCAGCCACAAUUGAGCAAUCUAUAACUUCAGAAAAGUCGAGGAGACUUUCCAGAUCAGAUGCC